CGUCGCCGAACGAACGCGAUGUAUUAACGUAUCGUAUUCUAAUAAUAGUCUUGGUUUGAAUCUUUCUAGUUUGAAUGAUUUUUCUUACUGCACCCACAUUCGCGAAUUUCUGUUUUGCCCUAGGGUUGACUGGUAGAGAAUGCCUUAAGGCAUUAAGUCCGCCAUUUGUACUUUUUUUUAUUGUGCAAUAAAGUUUAAAUAAAGAAAUCUGGCUGCUCAUAGUCAACGAGUGACAUGAGAAUUACCAGUUGACAUGAGAAAAUUUUAAUGUAAUCAUAGAAUCUGGUCACAAUAUUUCACGAGCGAGACAGUUGAGAAUUGCGAGCUCUAGAGGCGAACAUCCGGACAUACAAAUUGAGUUAAACCGUAGUAGACCUAUGUUAUUGCUACGGCCAAUAAAAUUAUAGAUCCAAAUUAGGAAAAAUAUUAAAAGUAUAUUUGCAACACAUCAGUGUGUUGUAGGCAUUAUGUAAUUAUUGAUAGUGACAGCAUCAUAAGUGAUCUCUGCAUCGUGGUAGGCUUAUCUACUUCACUGGCUGUUACUUAUCUAAAACUAAUUUCAGAGACAUAUUAUACAAUCAGUUAAAUUAUUACUUUUAGGUGUUCUUGUGCUACUCAUUGGUGUUAAAUUUUUCUUAAUAAAGUAGGUAUGUUUCGACCUGUGAGCCAUGUUUUAUUUGACAUGGAUGGACUAAUAUUAAAUACCGAAGAAUUAUACACAAUAGGGUUUCAGAAAGUAGCAUCUCGGUAUGGAAAAAAGUUUACCUUUGAGCUAAAGUGCCAAAUAAUGGGCCAACAGAGCCGAGAAUUCGCAGCAUCCAUAAUUCAGGGUCUCGACCUACCACUAACUGUUGAAGAGUUCUUGGACGAGACACGGGCUAUAUUUAGUGAACUCUUCCCUGAUUGUAAGAUAAUGCCUGGAGUUGAAAAACUUAUUCGACAUUUACACAAAAAUAAAAUUCCAAUUGGAUUGGCUACAAGUAGUAGCAAAGAGACAUACGAUCUAAAAACGGAAAAGCAUCAGGCUUUCUUUGAUUUGCUGACUUACAAGACAUGGGGUUCGUCCGAUCCCCAAGUCAAGUUAGGCAAACCACAUCCGGAUAUAUUUAUAGUAGCAGCAGAUAAAUUUCCUGAUAAGCCUCAUCCAGAAAAGUGCCUAGUGUUUGAGGACUCUCUGAACGGCGUGAGAGCAGCGCGGGCGGCCAGCAUGCAAGUGGUGAUGGUGCCGGACCCGCGACUGGACCGGGAGCUGGCCCGAGAGGCUGGCGCCACGCUUACGCUUCAUUCCAUGGAGGAGUUCAAACCUGAACUAUUUGGUUUGCCACCAUACACUGACUAGUAGGAACUAGUAAAGUAGUAUUAGGAACCUGCCUGCACAGAUAGACCAGAGCUACUGGUAAACACAGAUUUAUUCCCAGUAGCUACUACUAGUAACAGGUGGUAAAAUAUCUCCAGAAGUUGCUGUCACAUUCUCUUGGUCAAUAUUGAAUUUUUGAAAAGAGUGUGUCCAUAACUUUUGGAAUUGAAGACCUAUUCGUUCAAAAUUAAUAACAAGCAGGUACCUACCCAAUAAAAGGAGUAGGAGCUAGGGGGAAAUAGACUGGAGCACCCUUCAUGUUGCAUUUGCGUACAAAAAAUCUGCCGACUUCCGCAAAAAAUUACCUACUCACAAAUGCAAAAAGGAAAACUUGCGAAAAGGAAAGUCGUAACUCCCUUUGGUCGUGUUAAUUUAUCAUUAUUACCACUCGUCAUAAUAUAAAAGAUAAAAAUUGUAAUUUCAUACCAUGUUUUUGUAUACGGUGGUUGAGCGUUAUUUACUGUCUGGCAAAAAAGAGUAAAACU